CUCCUCCCCAAAUCCCUUCCUUCUAAUAACUCUGAUCUGAAGCACACAAAGAGGGAGAGAUUUUUACCUUUUAUAGAUUCCCAAAUCCCCCCUAUUAUCCAUCCAUCAUUCCAUCCACUCAUUCAUCCAAUUUUCUAGAUCAAAUGUCCGAGGACGACGACCGAUCUCCGCCGUCGGAUGCCGCGGCCACCGGAAUUACCGCCUCCGGCUCCGGUGGCUCCACCUCCGUUGAGCUCUUCCCCGCGCCGUACCCCGACCAGGUCCUCGAGAACGUUCUGGAGAACGUGCUUUGCUUCCUGACGUCUCGCCGGGACCGGAGCGCCGCCUCAUUGGUCUGCAAGUCUUGGUACCGUGCGGAGGCCCUCACCCGAUCCGAGCUCUUCAUCGGUAACUGCUACGCCGUGUCUCCCCGGCGAACGACGGCGCGCUUCACGAGGGUCCGCUCCGUCUCGAUCAAGGGGAAGCCGAGAUUCGCCGAUUUUAACCUCAUGCCGCAUAACUGGGGGGCCCACUUCGCUCCCUGGGUGGUCGCCAUGGCCAAGGCUUACCCUUGGCUGGAGAAGAUUUACCUAAAGCGCAUGUCCGUCACCGACGAGGACCUCGUUCUCAUCGCCGAGUCAUUCCCCAACUUUAAGGAGCUUGUCCUCGUCUGCUGCGACGGCUUCGGCACCACUGGACUCGCCGUCGUUGCCAACAAGUGCCGACAACUUAGAGUUCUUGAUCUGAUUGAAUCUGAGGUAAUGGACGAGGAUGUGGAUUGGAUAGCUUGUUUCCCGGGGAGUCACACCUGUUUGGAAUCUCUGAUUUUUGAUUGUGUGGAUUGCCUCGUAAACUUUGAGGCUUUGGAGAGGCUUGUGGUUAGGUCUCCUUCCUUGAAGAAGCUUAGAUUAAACCGGUAUGUUUCGAUCGGGCAGCUUUAUCGUCUGAUGAUUCGAGCUCCGCAGCUGACGCAUCUAGGGACGGGCUCAUUCAGCACAUCGGAUGGCAUGAUUCAGGGUGAGCAGGAAGCGGACUAUGCAUCCGCGUUUGCUGCUUGCAAAUCUUUGACUUGUCUCUCGGGGUUCAGAGAAACCUUGCCUGAACUCUUGCCUGCAAUUUAUCCUGUUUGUGCUAAUCUCACAUCUUUGAACUUUAGCUAUGCCAAUAUCAAUGCUGAACAACUGAAACCGGUCAUAUGCCACUGCCACAAGCUCCAAACUUUCUGGGCUCUUGAUUCGAUAUGCGAUGAAGGGCUGCAGGCCGUAGCUGCAACUUGCAAAGAGCUUCGUGAGCUUCGUGUUUUUCCUGUUGAUGCUCGCGAGGAUAUAGAGGGGCCUGUUUCUGAGGUUGGGCUGCAAGCCAUUUCUGAGGGUUGUAGAAAACUGCAAUCCAUUCUGUACUUCUGCCAGCGCAUGACAAAUGCAGUAGUAAUAGCCAUGUCGAAGAACUGCCCGGAUCUGGUUGUUUUUCGUCUCUGUAUAAUGGGUCGACACCGACCGGAUCAUUUGACAGGUCAGCCUAUGGAUGAAGGAUUUGGAGCAAUUGUUAUGAACUGUAAGAAGCUGACCCGUCUUGCUGUAUCUGGUUUGCUGACUGAUCGAGCUUUCAGUUACAUUGGACAAUACGGGAAAUUAGUCCGUACCCUCUCUGUUGCUUUUGCUGGAGAUAGCGACAAUGGGCUGAAAUAUAUGCUAGAGGGCUGCCCUAAGCUGCAAAAGCUCGAGAUCAGGGAUAGCCCAUUUGGAGAUGUGGCUCUGCACUCGGGCUUGCACCAUUAUUACAACAUGAGGUUUCUCUGGAUGUCUUCGUGUAAGUUAACCCACCAAGGUUGUAGGGAGGUUGCGAGAGCAUUGCCCCGCUUGGUGGUGGAAGUUAUGACUAGAAAUGAAGUAGAUGAGGAGGACAUAGUUGAUGAUGAGAUUGAAAUUCUAUACAUGUACCGGUCGCUUGAAGGACCGAGGGAUGAUGUUCCAAAGAUUGUUCAGAUCCUUUAAGAGUUUGUGUAGAAGCAGUUGAUUCCAGUUUUCUCACGGUGACUAGCCAAGAAACUAAGAAACUUUUCCUGCAGGGAAGGUGAAUGCAGUGGGUGACUUUUAUAUAGCCCGCAAGUGGUUCCUGCAAUGGCUGUUAGAAAAUAUGGGCAAAAGCUUCUGUUCUUGAGCUGGAAUUUCAGCAGUGACAUUCAUGAGCAAGCACGUGGCAAUGGCAUCUAAAAGAGCACUGUAGAGAAUCAGCUUCUGUUUCUUUGUUUUGGCUCUUCCGGAGGACUCGGAGGAAGGGACUAAUGUCGAGGAUGAAUGUCUCUGCUUGGUAUCGGAUCAUCCAUUGUUGUAUUGUACGCUUCUAAAUUUCAUGUUUCUUUUUUGGUUUCAUAUUCAUUUGAUCAUAAGCAACGUCUGCCGGAGAGGAUAAGGGAGGGGUAACUUACCUGCAUCGAAGAUUUGAUUUUGUAUCUCGUUUUUUGAGAAGAUCAUAUUGUUUUAUCUGUCGUCAAAGAACUGGAGAUGGUCUUGAAGUGGAACUUCAGGAAGGUCCAAGUGAAAGCAAGUAUCCACUCUUGAGAGAACUUGUCCGUCUAUUUUGAUUCAAAUGGUAGUUAGUUUAAGCUGUAGCCGGUGAGAACUAAAUGCGCAGACUGAUACAUCUCUCUUUCUCUUUUCUCUCUCUCUUUCUCUAAGUGUUUGUUCUUUUCAGAUGUGUUGUUUUAGCACCUGACUGUUGAAUUUAUUAUUCCUAUUGUUAGAAAAUGUGAGAUGGGUAAUAAAUGCCAAAAUAUGCAUGGACCAUAGACCCAUAUAGUUAGUGGGACUGUCUCUUUGCCCUUCCUUUUUUAUUUGUUUUUUAGAGCCCCAUUUUCCUUAUGAAUGUGGUGUGAUUAACUUGACAGUGAGAGGCAAGCCAUUAAUGA